GAUGCUUGUAGAAGGUUGUGGUCACAAGGAGAUGAUUCCUCAUGAAGUCUCUGGAUCCACAUCAGAAAUCAAAUGUGAUUUUCCACUUAGCAGACUGAAAUCAGCCAGGCAGUGAAGCCACAGAAGAUAAGGGCAGGGGCCAGUGAAAAAUGAAAUCCAACCAGGAGAGAAGCAAUGAAUGCCUGCCACCCAAGAAGCGGGAAAUCCCUGCCACCAGCCUGCCUUCUGAAGUGAAGCCAUUAGUUCUGGCCAGUGAAAAUCACCGUGCAGAUAAUAUAACAUGGCUCUCAAGUACAACCAGCAGCCACAGCAGUGGGCGGAAUCGGUCUGGAGGUACUUCAGUGGAGGCUGGUUCACAACAGGGAGUAGGUUUACACAAAUCACUUUCUACAGGAAUGGAUUAUUCCCCACCUAGUGCUCCUAGGUCUGUUCCAGCCUCUGCCACACUUUCCACAGUGUACCCCUCUGCACUUUCACAGGCAGGAACACCUGUUUCGCCGGUGCAGUACGCACAUCUGCAGCAUGCUUUCCAGUUUGUUGGGCCUCAGUAUAGUGGACCAUAUGCCGGAUUCAUCCCUUCCCCACUAAUUUCCCCAACAGCUAAUUCUGCAACUACCACAGCAGCCUCUGCCACUGCUGUUGCAACCACUCCAUCCCAGCGAUCGCAGCUGGAGGCAUAUACUUCUUUGCUGGCCACCAUGAGCAACCUUAGCCAACAAGGCCAAAAAGUUGAGCCGCAUUUAGUCAGGACACCUGGAUUGAUCACAGCAGGAUCUCCUCCACCUACUCAGCAAAACCAAUAUGUCCAUAUUUCCAGCUCUCAGAGUACUGUUAGAAACGUGUCUCCUCCAGCCAUCCCAGUCCAUUUGCAUCCUCACCAGACAGUGAUUCCUCAUGCAUUCGCCCUUGGCCCUUCCUCCCAGGUAGUUGUGCAAUAUGCAGAUUCUGGUGGCCAUUUUGUUACUAGAGAGUCUGCUAAGAAAUCUGAGAGCAGCAGAUUGCAGGCUAUGCAAGCAAAGGAAAUUCUGAAUGGGGAAGUAGAAAAGAGUAGGCGAUAUGGCAUCUCACCAUCUUCUGAAGUAAAUCUUAUCAAAUCAGGCAAUAAACCAUCUCCUCACCAUUAUGAGGCCAGACAUGUGGUGGUCCACUCUGGUCCUACUGAUUAUAUUGCACGAGAUUCCUCCAGUGUCCGGCCCUCUGUUAUGGUUGUCCCCAACAGCAGUACGCCUACUACAGACAUGGAGGUUCAGCAGACCACCAACAGAGAAACACCUCCUUCCACCAUCAAUGAAAAGGGAAGCUUGCAUUUAGGAAAGACAGGCCACCGAUCUUAUGCUUUGUCUCCACAACAGACUAUUGGUCAUGAAGGGGUGAAAGCAGUUGCCACUUUAUCCCCUCACACAGUCAUUCAGACCACCCACAGUGCUUCAGAGCAGCUACCUGUUGGGUUGCCUGCUACAGCCUUUUACACUGGGACUCAACCACCAGUAAUUAGCUAUCUGAGCAGUCAACAGCAAGCCUUUGGCUAUCCUGGAAAUCUACCACAGCAUCUGGUGAUCCCUGGUACACAACCUCUCUUAAUACCAGUAGGAAGUGCAGAUAUUGACUCCUCAGGGGUACCACCUGCUAUAGCCACUUCAUCUCCCCAGCUGGCAGCAGUGCCUCAUACAUUUGUCACAACCACCAUUCCAAAAAGUGAGAAUUUCAGUGCUGAGUCACUAGUAAGCCAGCCGGCUUACCAGGCAGCUGUAGUCCAGGCCCAGAUCCAUCUCCCCCUGGUCCAGCCAGUACCACCUUCAGCAACAGCUCCUGCUAUAUUGCCUCCUUAUUUUAUGAAAGGCUCUAUCAUUCAAUUGGCAAAUGGAGAGCUGAAGAAGGUAGAAGACUUAAAAACAGAAGACUUUAUACAGAGUGCAGAAAUUAGCAGUGACCUGAAAAUAGACUCCAGCACCGUGGAAAGAAUUGAUGACAGCCAUAAUCCAGGCAUUGCUAUGAUACAAUUUGCAGUUGGAGAGCACCGAGCACAGGUCAGUGUUGAAGUUUUGGUAGAAUAUCCCUUUUUUGUAUUUGGACAAGGCUGGUCAUCCUGCUGCCCUGAGAGAACGAGCCAGCUCUUUGAUUUGCCGUGUUCCAAACUCUCCGUUGGUGAUGUCUGCAUAUCACUUACGCUCAAGAAUCUGAAGAAUGGCUCAAUUAAAAAGGGCCAGUCCAUGGACUCAGCUAGCAUCUUGUUGAAGCACUCUAAAAAUGACAGUCUAGUAGGUGGUAGACAUAGGUAUGCGGAGCAGGAAAAUGGGAUUGAUCAGGGAGGUGCAAAGAUGACAUCUGAAAAUGGUGAACUGAAGUUUCCAAAUAAAAUAGGAUUACCUGCAGCAUCUCUACUCACCAAAUCAGAAUCCAGCAAGCCCACAGCAACUCGGAAGAGGAGGUGGUCAGCCCCUGAAACACGGAAACUAGAGAAGUCAGAAGAGGAGCCACCGUUGACUCUUCCCAAGCCUUCUUUUAUUCCUCAGGAGGUUAAGAUUUGCAUUGAAGGGCGAUCUAAUGUAGGCAAGUGAAGUCUAUUAGGGAAAGGAAAUUAGAAUAUCCCUUGUCAUUUUUAUCCAGAUUACUGUACUGUAGACUAAAUAACCGAGUAUUUACAUGUUAUCAUCUUAUUUUAGGUUUAUGUUUAUAACGUCGUUAUAGUUGCAGUUGGUAUUAUGCAGGAGACAGGUGCAUACUUCCCCCACCUAGGUGCUCAUUGGUGAUUUUUUUUAUCAAGAGCUACAGAAAGGGCAGUAUCUGCUUGACACAUGAACACACACCCUUUGUGGAAGCAAAUGUUGACAUGGCACCUGUUUUUCAACACUUCAAGCAGAAUUAGUCUGGCAAGAGAACUCUAGGAAAGACAAACACUAUUGUCUGAUUCAGUCAGAGAGUGGAAUUGAGAGUUCCAUAGCAAUGUGAUUUGGUGGUUCUCUCAACAAACUUCUGUUGAAGUCUAGUCCAGAGGCAAUAAUGGAGAACUGAGCACUCUUUGAGGCUUUGCACAAUAAAGUUAUUUUCUUUUUAAUUUUCUGAUUUUUUUUGUCUUGUAUUUUCCAUUCCCCCAACCCAAUCCCAUACUGUGCCCCAGAGUGGGGGGGUCUAACUGCACUAUUUUUAUUAAUAUUAUUAUUGUUGUUGUUGUUGUUAUUGUUCUUCUCGGAGACUGCCACAUAGAGAUUUCAUCUCCACUUGCUAGCACAGUGGCAUAGCAAGAGUGUAGCAGCUGAUUCUUGCUUUGCUAAAACUGGUAAUUUGCUUAAAGUGUGACAUUGUUGGUGUCAAUAUAGCACGAUCCAAAUUGUGGGUAUUGUAACUUGUAUACAGCAUAUUGCCGCUAACAUUUGCUUCCACAAAGUAACAAUGUACUUUCCUUUGGGAAAGUGAACAUAAAAAUUCUUUGCAGUUAGGUUGCAUUUUUUAAACUCUAGUACUGUUUUUUAACUCUGUACUAGGACUAGUGCCACUUUUUUCAAAUUUCAGUGUGAUACAAGGAAAUGGAUGAACAUAGAAUGUCUUCGAGCACUUAAAAUGAUGAUCAGACUUUCCUUGCUGAGAAUCCUGACUUAACGCUCAGCAAAUCCUGUAUUUUGCUUUAUUCUCUUCUGGGGUGGGGGGGGGAAGAGAAUAUUGACAUCUUCAACACUGUUAACUGCGUACAAACAAAGUAAAGGUUUUUCACAAGCGAGAUGCUGAAAGUUUUCAUGUGGUAUCAAAGGUAUGAAUGUGAAUUAUGAACUCGUAUGUGACAGUCAUUGUCCACAAGGACUACUUAAUAGGAGGCACUUUUAAAACUUUUAUGCUUGUGAAAAAGUUAAAGGUAUAUGCAAGCUGACAUAUAAUAAAAGAAUAAGAAAGAGUAUAAGGGAAUGAGAAGAAAAACAUUAUUGUCCAGUGUUUUUGAAAAAGAUGGACUUUAAAGAAUCUUGCAAUUUGCACAUCUUGAGUUUAUCAUUUGUGUGGUAUUCCUGCAAUUUUUAAUUUUUGAGGAAGGGAGAGGGACUGAAAAAGCUUAAACAAAUGUAGCAGUUACUUACUAACCUGCCUAAUUUCUAGGCCAUUUUAGUAGGGUUAGGUUUCCUUUCAAUCUUUUUUAGUUUCUUUGUAUCAUAUCUGUCACCCUGAACCAGAAAAGCUUCUGAGAAUUUCUGCUCAGAUUUGCUGAGUAUUCCAUAAGAGUCAUUUUGACACAGAAGCAACUUUUGUGUUUUGUUUUAAUUCAGUUCUAAUUCUCUGUUGUUUUUUAUUGUAAAAUUACUAUUUCUUACUUUCAGUUACUUUUCUUCUGAUUAGUAGUAUAAUGUUAAUGUCAAAAUUUGGUACAACAGGAUGAUGGGUAAAAGUUUAUCCAGUUAAACUCUUUCAGUGGUUAUAUGACUGAUCUCAGAAAUCUGAAAUAAAUUCAAGAGUGGAUCCAAAGAUCCUAACUUCUGCUGAUUUAGUGGCUUAAAACCAGUUUCUGAUAAAUAGUCACAUUAAAACCCAGUUGAUUACUCACAGAUAAGUGAUUGAACAUAUACCAACCUGCAAAAAGAAAUCACUUAAAUUAUUAGCCUAUUUUAAAGUCUAGGUAGUAAAAUACUGCAUUAUUAUUGCAUAAAUCAGGAUCUCCUGAAAAGAGAUGCUGUGGACAUUUUCACACAUGAGACUAAAUUUGAGUAUCCAUUGAAUUUGUAAUGUAACUCUAUAUGGGCAUGUUCUAUCCAUGUUAUUAAGUAUGUUCACAUGUGUUACAAAUAUUAUGUGAGAGUCUCAAAGAUAUCUAGUGUCUUGUGUGAAAAUGGUGCAAGAACAUGUUGGCAUCAAUGCUGUAUUCCAGCUUACCAAGGAUAGGUGGGUGAUCAUCAGUUACCUUCUUUCUCUACUUGCCAUUUGGUUUGGAUGAAAUCCAAAGAAAGAACAAGUAAGGUAGAAGGUGUGGUAUAUUGCCUGUAUAAGCAGGCUGCUUACCCUGAUUUCUUUUCUGUGAUCAUUUCACUUGCCCUAAGGUGGCCAUUGUCUGCAAAAUGGAAUGGAUUAAGCCAAAAUAGACAACUGGCAUCUCCUGCUACCGAAGUGAAUGAUAAAUUGAGACCUUAGCUGAGUUUAACCAAUUUGUAGUUCAAUUAGUUGCCCUACAGAAGAUCGUUUUUCUUUAUAUUUGACCCUGAUGUCCUGCUGGUUGCACAUAACUCCAUCAAUAUCAGAUUCAUUCUUAGCAAGAAUCUAAAUUUUAGAAAUCAAAACAGAACUUUAAAUGAACAGUUUUUCAAAUGUUCAAUUUCCCUGCCCACUUGCCUAAAUACUAUACAUACAUUUAAAAAUUCCAAUAUACCCCUCUUUUUAAUUGUGUUUCUUUGUUACUUGAACCUUAGCUCACAACAGAAUGAAUCAUUUUUGUACCAAUUUUUGGGAUGCACCAAAAAUGUGCUUAAGUUUUAAAAUAGCUUGAAAAUCUAUCUUGAAUUGUUAUUAUGACCUCUCAGUAAUUCAGCUGAUCACUGGGCAGGUUCCUUCUCACAAUCAUAUUGCAUUUUUAGUGCUGUAAUUUUUUUUCAACAUUUCUGCUCAGAGAAUUUGCUUAUUCUUCCAUAAACUCUGCUCAGGGCACUUUCAAUUUAUUGAAGUUUUAUUUUGGCUUAUUUUUGUUUUGUUUUCACUUCAACCUCUGAUAGCAAGAAGAACAGUAAAAUAUGGGGCAAAAUUCCUAUUUCAUUCCCAUCAGUACCACUAUUUUCAUGUGUCCUCAGAGAACAUCAUACAUAAAGAAGCAGGGAUUACAAAACUGACCACAUCUAUAAAACUAACACUAACAAGUAAAAUAAAUAAACCAAUACUAAUAAAUGGUUCAAGCAAUAGGAAUGUAUUUGUUCUCUACUUGCAUUGGAGACUUAGAACUUGCAAUUGUUACUUCCGUCCAAACAUUGUUCUCGUUGCUCUGCUUUUGCUUCUUUUUAGUAUGUGCAAUAUUUUGUGUGCCAAUUUAGACUCACCUAAUGGUAACAACAGACCUUUCUCAUGCCAUCUCUUUUCAGAGUGUUAAAUGUAGGGCCUUAUGCCUUCCUUUGAAUAUAGUAGGGAUAAAAUCUCUCUGGAUGUCAACAAGUUGCACACCCUGGACCAAGGGCUUCUUACAGCUCUUACUACACCCUGCUGGUCUUCACAUUUAAAGAAAAAAAUCCAAACAGAGAAAAAAAAAAUUGAUAUCUCUCUCCCUCAAAGGAUGUUAAUGGUGGAAAAGAUAAUAUGAGGUGAGACUCAUUCUGUGAAGAUGAAUACCUAGUAAUUACUGGGCACUCUUAGAUGGGUGCAAUCUUCUGGAGAAGUACCAGCAUCAUGUUCUAUUUUAUAUCUAUCUAAAUUGGGGCUAGUUCUGUGACAUUUUUAUGUCCUACAUUUCCCAAUUUCCAAAAUUAUUCAAGGCAAGUUCUAGUCCUAUUGAUGUUUGCAGUGGAAUUUGUGUUGGGUUCUUUUGUCCUCUUCAUCAAUGGGAUUAAGAUUUGAGCCUUGUGCUCCCAAGUGCCUUAGUUUCUCUUUUUCAAAGGCACCUAAUUUCACAUGAAAUAUGUCAAUGCCAUGCAUGUUCUUGCAACUUGUCCUGUAAACUCUGGUUCACAGUGUCACUCCCUUUUCAAUUUCUUCUAAUUGCUGAAAUAGUGACAGUUGUAGAGGACAUUUUAAGAUUAAUUUCAUUGUAAGAAGUCUGUACAGUAUCCACAUGGCAAUAUUAACUGACACC